GGCGGCGGCAGCAGGUGAGCGCGCGGCAUCGCGUCCUCGCAGCUCGCAGAGACGCAGGACGGAGGAGGAGAGGAAAGGAGCAGAGGAGAGGAAAGGAGAGAAAACAUGGGGAAGCUACAAGAAUUUGAUCUCACUUUUACCAACAACAAGGUGGUCUACGGACCCGGGGAGUCUAUCAGCGGGACUGUGAGGAUUAAAACAGGAAACUCGCUGCAGUAUAAAGCCAUCAAGGUGAACUGUCAGGGCACCUGUGGGAUCUCCAACAAAGUGAACGACAGCUCAUGGACCGUGGAGGAGCAGUACUUCAACAGCACAUUGUCGGUUGCUGACAAAGGGACUCUGGCGGCAGGUGAACACAGUUUCCCGUUCCAGUUUCUCAUCCCAGUCGCCGCCCCGACUUCCUUUGAGGGCCCCUUUGGGAAGAUUGUUUACCGCGUGAAGGUGGCCAUCGACACGCCCCGCUUCUCUAAGGACUACAAAGCCCAGAGGCCCUUCUACCUACUCAAUCUGCUCAACCUCAAUGAGGUGCCUGACAUCGAGCAUCUGAGUUACGCUGUGACCACUAAGAAGUUCAGCUACCUCCUGGUGAAGACAGGGACGCUGAUGCUGAAAGCUCGCAGCGACCUGAGGGGAUACAUCCCGGGUCAGGUCAUCAAGUUAGCCACUGAGAUCCACAACAAGUCUGGGAAGGACACAGGAUGUGUGCUGGCCAGUCUCAUACAGAAAGUGACCUAUAAGACCAAGCGGCCUGUGUUUGACCUGCGGACCAUCGCUGAGGUAGAGGGAGCCGGGGUGAAAGCAGGAAAACACGCAGAGUGGAGGGAGCAGAUCAUCGUCCCUCCUCUUCCUCAGUCAGCACUGGCUGGCUGCAGCCUCAUAGAUAUCGACUAUUUCAUUCAGGUGUCACUAAAAUCUCCAGAGGCGAUCGUCACUCUGCCGAUCUUCAUUGGGAACAUUGCUGUGAACUUGUCUCCAUCGAGACCCAUCCCCACCAGUCCAGACCGCUGCGGAGCAACCGUCUCACCGAGGACGGCAGCAGGUGUGACACCAAGCGCCCCGCCUGCAGAGGAGGAGCCAGAGGAUGGGCUGUGUGCAGGGGGCGCGGCCAGCGAGGAGAUUCCCACCAAGAGUCACUCUCAGCAGGAUCCUUCAGGUCAGCCGGUCACCAUGUCACCCAGCGCCUUCAGCCACGCGCCCGGGGCAGCCCUGCCUCCCAGCCACAGACGGCCUGACGCCUCGGCCCCUCUGUUCUGUGUGUCCACCGGGGCCACUAUACCAUUCUUCACUGAGGGAGACGUGACUCCUAUUCCUACUUCAUGUUCUCUCAUCCUCCCUCCAGAGUACAGCAGCUGGGACUACCCUCACGAGCCUCCACCCACUUAUGAGGAAAGCUGCAGUAGCGCCAACACCAGUUUUAACAGCAGACAGUAGAAAAGAAGAAGGUAAAGAACCACCAUGGCCAUGCCCACCCUCACCUGUCUGCACUCGCCUCUUGACAAAUCAGGACUGAGACACGCUGGGGAAAGGAGGAUGGACCAUAACUCCACCCAGAACAUCCCAAAGAUCAUUUCUUUGUCCUCUUCUAAGUGAAAAAGGGAUCAUAUCUUAUAUUGAAUAUAAGUUUUCUUUACACCUCGUGUCCCAACACUAAGUGUCAGACAGAAAGGGUGAUCAUCACUGUGCCUCAGAGAAGUAUUUCAGAAGUAUCAUCUCACAGCAUUUACGACAUUUAGUGAGCAGACAUCUGUCUUUACUGAGCCUGAAGGGGAAAUCUGUUCACUUUGUUUAUCAGUGACUUUUUGCAUCUGUGAUGCCUCGAAAUGAUUUGGGCCUAUUGAAGGGCUUGUUUGUGAUGAGAUCAAACUCAGCCUUUUUCACAGAUCAAUCGUGCCCUUGAUACCGUGGUCGUCUGCUGUCUGCUUAUGUCUCAGUUGUCCUCAUCGUCAGCGGGGGGGAGCUGCUGUCAUGAGAUAUUUAUAGGAGAUCUUACUGUCUAAAGUUUUAGAUUGUCAGAUAUGAUAGUUGAACCCUGUGUAUUGGGUUUGUCUUUAUUAUAAUUAGAAUAUAAUAAGAUCUUCUUUACAUUUGAUUUUUAAAGCUUUUAAGAAUUUCAAGUUUCAAAGAGCUUCAAGAACUCAGCGUAAUAAAAAGACAAGCACUGAAAUCAUCAAGCUUGGAAAAAAAGUGCAGCCAAAGAGCUGGGGAAGAAACCCUUUUUAAAUUAAAUUAUAUUUAAUAGAAUAUUGAAAAAGAUAAGCCAAAGGCAAAUAAGAACAAGCCUCAAAUGACAGUAUACUUAAUGAAGAGAAAUCAAAUGGAUCAGUGAUGUUUUCUUGGAAGCUGUGACCCAUUUCCAGUGCAAAGUGUCAUUGCAUACUACAGCAGCAUGCUUUGCUGUCUGCUGGAGUCUCGUUAUUCUACCAGAUAUCAGAAAUUGUAUGAAUCCUUCAUCCAGGGGCUUAAAUGACAAAUAUUAUCUGAGCAACACAUGUCAGUUGUGUAGCACAAGCAUCAUUCUGUAAAAGUUUAAAAGCACAAAAAAUAAGUAGUGAUUGUAAAUUUGUUUGAAAAUAUUCUCUGAAUGUUGAGAAAAUGACUUUCAACACACAGAACGGCCGGCACUGACACAGUGUUUAGGGAAGAAUGUAAUCCUCUCAGAUUAAAGGUCUGUGUCGUCACUGUACCGCCUCUCAGUUUGGGCUCACACUGCUGAGAGUUCUUGUUUUGUAUUCAGAGGACGGCGUUUCUGCAGAAGGAGCUGAUUUUCUGCAGCUGGAUAUGAGGACUUCAGCGCUGACGCUGGCCUACUCUGCCCUCUUGUGGUCAUAUGUGGAUCUAGCUUGAUGUCCACAUGCUUGAAAAUGGAACCUAAAUCAUCAGCCAAGCAAACUAAAAUACUUUACUGAGUCUGUGCUUCUGAGAUGCACAGACUGAGAUCUGCUGUAUGUAAAUACAUCUUAUUUUCUUUCAACCUACAAAGUGAGAUUGGCAAUUCGUGUGGUUUUGAGAUGUGAUGCAUCAUUUUGCAUCAUGUUGUCAGUCUCAGUCUGAAUGAGAUUGUAUGUUUUCCUUCCGCUUGUUGCCUUAACUUUCUUUUAGUGUAACAUCAGUGAGAAGCCUCUGACAUUGUAGUCGGUGCAAAUGAUAAACACAAAUUUGCACAAAGCAGCACUUUUUUACCAUUGAGUGCAUGGGUUUCUUUGUGUCAAUUAUACGUGUGUGUGUGUGUCUAAAAUAGAGAUAAUUUGGACGAAACGUUGACUUCCUUUAGGUCUGUUUUUCACUUUCAAAGUUCCACAAUUUGAACCUGUUUUACUGUAUUCAGUGCUGGCGUUGGAUUAUGUUUCAGAUUUUAUUUGCCCGUGAACAGGGGCUGGGUCAUAAUUAAAAAUUUUAUCUCUUAGCAUAAUUGUGAUCAGAUUUUAUCAUGUUGUCCACAAAUUCCUUUAAGCUGUAUUUAAGGAAAACAAAAUGAGAUAUUGGAGUUUCUGGAUUUUGCACACAUAAAGAGUUUUAAUUCCUGAGAGUUGAAAGCAGAUCAUGGGUUUGAACAUGAGUCUGAUUAUUUUACAUCUUCUUUUGCAAACAUCUGUCAUAUCGGUGUAAAUGAUCUGUAUUUGAAUCAUUUUAAUUAUGUCAGCCAUAUCACCCACUUAUUUGUUGUAACAGCAUCAUCAUGUAUUUGUUUUCACUCUAUGAGGAAAUAAUGUCUCUGAAAUUCGUUAAACAACUGCUGUAUUGGAAGUUUGUAUGAACAUUGAUGUGUUUGUCUUACUUCAUCACGUUAGUAAAAUUCAUGCAAAGCAGUGCUGGUUUUGGCCCUCAACUCUAGAUCAUGUUGCCAAGUUUUACUGCUCAACCUACAAUGAUCUGGCUCCACAUUAUUGUGACUGCAUGCCUUAAACCCUCUUGGAUCCCAGCUCACCAUCCUGGAGUUUGAGAUGGACUUCCUUCUGAUGUGUCAGGGAUGACGCCAGGAUGUGCACGUGCAGCUCUUCCUGACUUCCUCCCCUGUGGACUGUGCUAAGUGCACUUGAUGGACACAAAUGUAGCUAACAGUGAAAACACUGGAUCUUAAACCUGUUGAACUUUUUCUUGUUUCAAAAUAAUAUGUGCAAUUCCUCCCAUCCUCAUGACUGCUGCAGCAGCUCUCGCUUCAUUUCACACUGCCUUUGUUACACCUCACUCUGUUGAAUUCUUCACCAUCAGAAGGUACUAUAGCUUUAUGAAGCCCCCCUUGUUCUGUGUCAUUCUGUCAUUCCCUCUCCUCUCACGUCGAUGAGUGGUGUCUGGUUUUUGUAUUUUUCUACUUGUAAACUGUUUACAGGUGCAGUAUGCAGAUACUAAUAGUGGCACCUCAAUCAGUCAAUGUUAUAUUUCAGCCUACAGUGCAGAAUCCAAGUUGUACUGUACAGUCAAACAAUAAAGUUAUAUGAUCUGUUGUUAUUGUC